CCUGACCCAGGGAUCAAACCUGGGUUUUCUGCGUUACAGGCAUAUUCUUUACAGUCUGAGCCACCAGGGAAGCCCAUCCUAUUCCAGAGCCCUGCUUCUAUUUCAUAUUAUGUCAUAGCUCUGGGACGAUAUGAUUUUGUAGUUAUUCGAAAAGGAGGAAAAACAUGCGUAUUUUAUAAACAUAGUUUUACAAGUGACUUAAGAAGUAUGCCUUGUGAGGUAAGGAAUUACCAUUGGGACAAUAGCCAUAUGUACUUAUCGGUACAUGUAUUUUGUACCCUACUCUAACUUGGAAUAUUUUUUUAAUCCUAGAUCAGAUGUUACUAACGUUCUUUUUUGUUGUUGUUUUGUUUGGCCACAACAUACGGCUUGGGGAAAUGUUAGUUCCUCACCAAGGAUUGAACCCAGGACCCAGCAGUGAAAGCACAGAGUCUUAACCAUUUGGACUACUAGGGAAUUAACCUCAACAGUCUUAAGUAAAGAUUUGCACCACUGUGAUGAUUUUCUCUGUAGCUUACUUUAACUUGGAAUAUUCUUUUGCAUCCUAGAUCGGAUUUAUCAACAUUCUUAAGAUUUGCACUGUUGCAUUGUUUGCACUGUUGUGAUGACUUGGCACUGGGUGCCCAGACAUUUGGUCAAAUGGUUAUUCUGGGUAUGUCUGUGAGGAUGUUUCUGGAUAAGAUUAAUAACACUUCUAAGAACAGAUAGAAGUGGCUAUGGAUAAUUCAUAUGAUUUCAAUCAAAAAGGCUCAUGUAAUGGAAUUCCAUCUGAGAAGAAAAACAACUUCCUUGUGUCAGAAGAUCAUGGACAGAAAAUCUUAAGUAUACUACAGAAUUUUCGAGAACAAAAUAUCUUUUAUGAUUUCAAAAUAAUCAUGAAAGAUGAAAUAAUCCCAUGUCAUCGUUGUGUGUUAGCAGCAUGCAGUGACUUUUUCAGGGCUAUGUUUGAAGUAAACAUGAAAGAAAGAGAUGGUGGAAGUGUUACCAUUACUAAUUUGUCCUCCAAAGCAGUAAAAGCAUUUCUUGAUUAUGCCUAUACUGGAAAAACAAAGAUAACAGAUGAUAAUGUGGAAAUGUUCUUCCAGUUGUCAUCAUUUCUUCAAGUUUCCUUCCUAUCCAAAGCUUGCAGUGACUUUUUAAUAAAAAGUAUUAAUCUUGUCAAUUGUUUACAAUUAUUAUCUAUAUCAGAUAGCUAUGGCUCUGCCCGUUUGUUUGACCAUGCUUUAUACUUUGUACAACAUCACUUCUCUUUAUUAUUUAAAUCCAGUGAUUUCUUAGAGAUGAAUUUUGGAGUACUGCAAAAGUGUUUGGAAUCAGAUGAAUUAAAUGUUCCUGAAGAAGAAACUGUACUGAAAGUUGUCCUUAGUUGGACUAAACAUAACUUAGAAUCAAGGCAAAAACAUCUGCCUUAUUUAAUUAAAAAAGUAAGAUUAUGUCAGUUAUCUGAGGAGACACUUCAAGAUUGUCUACUCAAUGAAGAGUGUUUACUCAAAAGCACAAACUGUUUUGACAUAAUCAUGGAUGCAAUUAAGUGUGUGCAAGGUUCUGGUGGACUUUUCCCUGAUGCUCGACCAUCCACAACUGAAAAAUACAUAUUUGUUCACAAAACUGAGGAAAAUGGAGAAGCUCAAUAUACGUUUUGCUAUAAUAUUAAAAGUGAUUCAUGGAAGAUACUGCCACAGUCACACCUGAUUGAUUUGCCAGGAUCUAGUCUGUCUAGUUAUGGGGAGAAAAUAUUCUUGACAGGUGGUUGCAAAGGGCCAUGUUGUAGAACAGUUCGGCUUCAUAUUGCAGAAUCAUAUCAUGAUGCCACUGAUCAAACCUGGUGCUACUGUCCAGUCAAAAAUGAUUUUUUCCUGGUAUCAACUAUGAAAACACCAAGAACCAUGCAUACAUCAGUUAUGGCUCUCAAUAAAUUAUUUGUCAUAGGUGGAAAAACUAGAGGAUCUCAGGACAUUAAAAGUCUCUUAGAUGUUGAAUCUUACAAUCCUCUUUCCAAAGAAUGGGUGUCUGUUAGCCCAUUACCCAGGGGCAUAUACUAUCCUGAAGCAAGUGCAUGCCAAAAUGUAAUUUAUGUUCUUGGAUCAGAGGUAGAAAUUACAGAUGCUUUUAACCCAUCACUUGAUUGCUUUUUCAACUACAAUGCUACAACUGAUCAGUGGUCUGAACUAGUGGCAGAGUUUGGGCAGUUUUUUCAUGCAACACUAAUUAAAGCUGUCCCAGUAAACUGCACACUCUAUAUAUGUGACCUUUCCACUUAUAAGGUUUAUAGUUUUUGUCCAGAUACUUGUGUUUGGAAGGGUGAAGGAUCUUUUGAAUGUGCAGGCUUCAAUGCAGGUGCGGUUGGAAUUGAAGAUAAAAUUUAUAUAUUAGGUGGUGAUUAUGCACCAGAUGAAAUCACAGAUGAAGUUCAAGUCUACCACAGCAGCAGGUCUGAGUGGGAAGAAGUUUCACCAAUGCCAAGAGCCUUAACUGAAUUUUACUGCCAGGUGAUUCAGUUUAAUAAAUACAGAGACCCAUGGUUUUCUAAUCAUUUCUAAAAGUAGUGUAUGAUUAGACAUUCUAAAGCAAUUGCAGUUCUAGAAGCCUGCAGUAAAUUUACUAACUUUAAUUAUUGGUAAAAAGGUCUUUACAGCUUAGUGAGAUAAAAUAGACCUUCUAUAAGAGAAUUACUAUGAAUGUAUACCAUAUUAGAAAAAUAUUAUGAAUGUAUACUAUAUAUGAAUUAGCAGUUCCCAGAAACUUAAAAUACACAAUACAUUCUACCAAAAACUGUAUUGAAUUUACUCUUGGAGAAUAGGAUAUUAGUAUUUUCAUAUGUAAGUAAAACUCAGGCUUUGAUGUUUUGAUUCUUAAAGUACUUUAUCCAUGACAGAAAAACAAAUCAUACUUCACAGAACUGUACAAUGUAAAUGGGAGAAGUCUCUUUAGGUAGUAAAAAUGACUUAUUUAUACUAUAUUAUAUGAAGUAUAAAAUAUAUUAGAGGUGAGAAUCCUAUCUUGUUACUACAGGUAUAAGAGUAGUUGAAUUCCUAUUUUUUCUGAUCAUUGGUUAGCUAUUUUUAAGCCCUUUCUUUUCUUUCACUAUUUUUCAGUCAGAAAAUUUUCUGAAAUGAAGUGUAUUUCCCCAGCCUUCUAAAACUGUACACUAAACAUAUUUUAAUUUUUUGAUUCAACUCUUCAUUAAGAGCAUAGUGUACUGUAAUGCUGUUGGCAGUUACUGAAAUGUCUUAAAAUUUGCUUAUUCUAUUAGUUUUCAGUGUUAGUUAGUCUCAGUUUUUAGAGGUAUUUUAUUUUCUGGCUCAAGCUCAGUAAAUUAACUGUCUUGAUUUAUUUAAUCAGUUCAAGUUAUACCUGACCUGAUUUUAUCUUGACAUGUAAUCCUUUUAGUGACAUUCUUGGAUUCUGGGAUGGUAGUCCUAAAAUACUUUUCCAUAUUGUUGCCAGAUUCCAAUGUAAGCGAGGAUAUAGAAAAUCUGACCUCUAGCUAAGUGGACCACUGUUGUUGGCAUUUCUUAAACUUUUGCAUGUCCAAAUUUGAGUUGCAGUAAGAAAUUUCAACAUCUCAGUUAGUACUGUGUCAGUUUUUUUGUGAUGAUGUAUACCAGCUGUAAACUGCUGUGUAUGUUUUCUUCUUCAGCACAUUAUUCAUUGUGAAUUAUUUACUAAAUUUAAAAAUGUAACUGGGCUUUUGGUAUUGAUAGUAAACAUGUGAAACUUGCAACUUAUUUGAUGUUUAAUCAUCUCUAACCCAAACAAUGAAAGAGAAUCAUCCUUGUUCUCAGCUAAGAUGAUUCUGCCUUGUAAGAGGAUAUGUUUCUUUAAUCACUUUUAACGAUACAGGUAUUUUAGGUUUUAGGACCUGAUUUAUAUCUCAGGUAAUCUGUAGAUUGUAUUUCUCUGGAAUCAAAUGAAGUUUCCCACACACUGUAGUAAAUGUUAAUCUGUUGUAAAUAUUCUUUAGAAGUAGAAAUAUGCCUAAAUGAAGGUCCUUUUAUUUUACCAUAUAAAAUUUAUGUAAUCAUAGGUUUCAAAUAUAUUUUUCAAAAUGGAACAGAAUGCUAGACUAAAUUAUGCAAUUCAAAAAUCAGGGAUUGUCCAUAAUCAGAUGAUUAGUUGCCUAAAAAUUCUUCUGUAGUAUUGGUGGCUUCCUCCCUACCUACCUUUAUUGGCUCUGCCCUGUUCUCUCUCUCUCUCUCUGUGGGUGUGUAUAUGUGUGUCAUGUGCGUAAGAAAGAAAAUUCAGUGGAGACCUUCUCUGUGUGUUAUGUGGCACUUUGAAAACAAGUUAUUUAAGAAAAACCAUAACACAGUGGGUGAUUAAAUUGUUAAACAUUUAUAAACAAAUAUUUCCAGAAGGGCGAAACUAAAGCAAAAUAGAAUCCCUUCCUGAUCUUGUUUCAUUAUUAUAUCUUGAUUUCUACCAUUCUUCUCACUGGCCAUUGAUUUUUUAAAUUUUAUUUUUACUUGGAGGAUAAUUACAAUGUGGUGAUGGUUUCUGCCACACAUCAACAUGAGUCAGCUAUAGGCAUAUAUACUUCCCCUUCCUCUAGAGCCUUCCUCCUAACUCCCUCCAUACCCCAACCCUCUGGGUUGUCACAGAGCAACUGUGGCCAUUGGUUCCUGAUGUUACUAGAAGUAUCCUUGUUACCAAGCCAUAAGUAACUCCCUCUGCAUUUGAUUUUAAACACUUUUCAAUGCACAAGGCUUUGUGCCUUAGUUUCCACAAUUGCUGCAGGAAACUUGAUUGUUUUUCACUUACUGUCAUCCCUUUACAUCUGUACCUGAGUGUUCUUCAUCAGUUAUAACUAAAAAAAGUAGUCUGUCUAGUCAUAAAACCUCAAACUCUUCCUUUACUUACUGUUCUUUUUCCUUGACAUUAUGGCAAUCUGUGCUGGGCUUGGCUCUCUUAGCAAUUAAUCUUGUAGUCUCCAAUUUUGCAUCAUCUGGUAAAGGGAACACUUUCAUUUGAUCUACUAAAUGGUUAUUGAAAAAUGGUUCUGGGUGUUCAAAAUCCUCAAGAAACCCAGGCACAUGUACACGUGGUCAGUGACUUAACUGGUAUUAUUCUGAUCUUGGCAAUCACUUUGGCUUCACCAAGAACCACAUAUAUUAUUUCUGCCUUGGCCCUCUAUUCUUGAUCUCUUGCAAAUCUCAGUGAUCUCUCAAGUCUAUUCUGCUACCCAUGAGGAGCCGUUUUUCCUGUCUGUAAGAUUAGAAAACAAUAUCCCUUUAUGACUUCUUCCUUCUUUUUUUUUUUCUUUUAAGUUUCCUUUCAUUAUCAUCCUUCAGUCAGUGCUGCAUUGUAAGAGACAAAAUAAUUAAGCUCAUUAUCCAGAUUGCUUUCAUUCUUGUAGCAAAAUUCUAAAUAACAUUUCCAAAUUGUCAUUUGUCCUGGUAAAUGGAUUAUGCAUGCAAAAAAAAAAAAAAAUUGCAGUAUUGUAGUAUCCUAGUGUCCACUAAAAUUGAAAGUAGUUAUGUGUCACUGUUAAACAUAAAAAAGAUUAAAUUCAACAUUUAUAUGAUAUCAAAGUUAAUGAACAUUUUUAGAACUAUCUUCAAACUUGAUUUAUAAUGUAGAGCACCUGUUCAUCUAUUGCCUGUGAAAUAAAAGCAGUAUGAAGAAUAUUUGCAUAAUCAAAUUAACUGCAUUCAUAUAAUACUCAAUUUUGGUUGGGGAGGGGAAACAGUCUUUAUCACAACAGUAUUCACUGUAUGUUACUCUUGAAAGCUAGAAUAUUAUUUGAGAGCAACCACAUCCUGCAACAUGAUUCCAUUUUCCCCAGAUACCAAGAAGAGCAAUUGAGUAUGUGUUCAGGGUACCUAAAUGAAGGCAUCUGACUUGAAAAUCAGAGUCAAAUAUAGAGGGAGACAUCUGUUUACCUUUUGAGAUUUGGAAGCAAUAAAUGUAGUGGUUAAAUAUAUUGUUGAAUAUAUUUUGGAUCAUCAUUCUCAGUUUAAUUGGAUCCAAUGUUUGGAAACCUGUAUAUUUAGAAUUGAAUGUGUAAGGAUGAAAAAUGCCUUCCAACGGACAGCUCUUGAGGGCAACCUAAAAAUGAAAGGCUAAAGUUUAAAAGGAAGCCAGUUUCUGUUCAGCAUAACAGAAUUCACUCCACUUUAUAAAGCCAUAUUUGGAAUAAGACUAAAUAUCAAAAACUGUGGCAUGUGGCAGAAAAUGAGCCCAAAUAAAUAAAUUCCUACACAGGAGUACACAACCAAAGAUUUCUAUAUUUUAUUUGCACAUUUUGAUCUUAAUAUUUUUCUGCCUUUUGACUAAUUGCUUCCUCCAGUUUGUUUAGCAUUUAGGCAUUCUGAGUAACUUGAUUUUAUUGCCUGCAUACUCAAGAUUUCAUUAAGAUGUGAGUCAUGAAAUUACAUCAUUUUAGGAGCAUUCUUGUUGAAGGAAAUUUGUUCUUUUUUUUAAAUCACUUCGGAAAAACUCUGUAAAGGGUGUUGACAUUUAUAGUGAGCUGCUAAUAGGGAUUUCUCCUUCUGUUUACCAUAAGUGCACAUUUGUUUUACAUCGAAUAGAAACGGAAAGACCAUUACCUAAAAUUUUGUCCUGAAUUAUUUCACUGCAAAUGUGGCUAUAUAGCAAUAUGUAGUGAAUUUAAAGAUUAUGUGCUUUGAAAGAUAUCUUUAAUUUUAAAAAUCUGUUUAUAAAUUAUAUUUGACUACACUAAGAUGCUUAAUCAAAUUUCAUUUAUAAAUAGGGGUUUUAAUCAGCAUAGUAUUAAAAUAGGGAUUUUAAUCACAGCAUGGUAUUACACACUGAUCAAGAGAUAACUUUUCUAAAUCAUAGAUUCGUAUUCAAACUUGAAGGUAAAAUCUAAUACAGCUUCCAGCCUUGUAUAGAAAACCCCUCUAAAUUCUAAAAUACCCUUGACAGAUGAUUUUCUUUUCAAAUUCUAAUUCAGUUCUUUCAGGGUGAAGAGCUCACUGCCUCCAUUUUUAAACAGUUCUAUUAGAAAGUUCUUCCUAAGGUUGAAAGCAACUCUGCCUCCCUGUAAUAACUUUCAGUCCUUGAUCUUAGGUUGCUGUCUCCAUAAGUAUUGAAAAUAGCAUGUCUUCCAUUCCUCUAAAAUCAAGUCAUCACUUUCCUUCUUGUUUAAAUGCUUAACACUUUAAAACUUGCCACAGUGGCCAAGGUUACAUACCUUCUACAUGUACAUUUGCCUCAGAAAAAUCUAUCCUAACUCUAUUGCUUUUUUGGUGUGUUGAGCAUGAUGAGCAUUGCAUAAUCUUAUAAAGCAAGCACUUCAUUUCCUUAAUCAGCUCUUAUAAAUCCAGUGUGAGCUAGAGCUUUGCUAUCUCUCCUAUCAACUAUCGACAUAAUCACAAACAUAUUUUCUGGGAGAGGAAUUCUGAAGCCAGAUUUUAAUGUCUUGAUCAUUUGUCAUUAGAUAUGGUUUUGAGAAUUUUAAUAAUACUUCUAAAAGAGACUAAAGCAUAUACAAAAAAUAGAAACCAAAGCAGUCACUAACUAGUUCAACAAAUUAUGCUAUUGGUUCCAAGGGUAACAAGGUUGCCGGAAUUACUUAAGAGUACAAUUCUCUAGAGUAUCACAUUGUAGUGUAAAUACUUCUUUACAUAUCUGUCUUAUUUAAUUGGAAACUCUUAGGAGUAGGGGUAUUAUCAUUUUUGGGCCUAGCAAUUAGUACAGUGCUUGCAUAUUAAUAAGGCAUCUAACAUUCUAUCAAGCCAAUAUAUGAAGCAAAAUUUAUUGUUUCUGAAUGGGUUAGACUUAACUGCAUAUUUUGUGAUUUCCAUGUACAAAAAAUUGAUUUACAUUAGGAUUUUACAUUUAAGAAUGCUACACGUUGUACUUUAGUUAUCAAUGUAUGUGUUAAUUCUUUUUGUAAUAUUUGAUAUCCUUAUAUUAAAAAGUCUGGGCUAGCUAAUUUAUACAAUUUUUGUUAGUAUAUGUUGUAUAUCUUUGUUAGUAUAUGGAAAAAUUAAUAAUGAAGUACUUUUUAUUUGAGAAUGGAAUUGCAUUACAUAGUACAUUGCCCACAUUUGGAGAACAUGUAUAGUUGGUUGUAUAGUUGUGUUGUAUAUGUAUAUUUGGUACUUGAAAGUGAAAUUAUACUUUCAAAGUAAUUCAUUGAAUUUUUUUAGUGCUUAAGGAUUAUUUGUUCUCCUUGAAUUUUAAUUAUAAUAUUUAAUUCUGUGUUUCUUUUCAAAUACAGUAAUAGAUAAGACAAUGAUUGAAAAUAU